AUGGAGACUGAACCCCAAGUCUCGGGGACCACGUCUACGUUAAUUCCUCUUGCUUUACCCAAAGGAUCGGAAAAGUUGUGUGAACUUUGUCAAAGACGAGCGCACCUGCAAUGCAACAAGUGUCGAGUCACCUUUUACUGUGAUGCAGAGCACCAGCAGGCUGACUGGGUGGGGAUCCACGAGAGAAUCUGUCAGUUGCUGAUUCCCAUUCGCACCACAACACUCCUUAGUCUCCAGCGGGCCAACCGCAUUGAAAUGCAGCUUAAAAAGGCAGAGCUGAUUGAGAUUUGCAGGGUUGUGGCUCAGAGCAAGCUGUCUGAGGGGAAACACCGGGAGGCUCUGCCUGCCGCCCACUUCUGCCUGCGCUGUUCCAUAGACGUCCAUGGCCCCAGUUCUGUCCAACUGGUCCCCGCCUACCUGCUGCUGGCAGACGCCAACAUGGGUUUAGGUAACCUAACCCUGGUGGCAGAGCUCCUGUCCCAGGCAGAGUGGGUGGUGUUGAAGAACCCAGAAUGUGGUCACACAGUCCACCACCGGCUGCACAGGAGCCUUGGCCGCCUCCACGCAGCGACUGGAAAUCUGGAAGCAGCUCUACUUAACUUUGCAAAUGAUAUAUACUUUGCAAGUGAGGAGUAUGGUCUGGACAGCACAGUCACCUGUGGUGGCUACUUUCUCAUGGCUGACGUGUUUGCCAAACAGGGGAAGAUGCCCAUUGUUCAUUCCUUGUACUCUGAGGUGGCACAUACUUGGCACUGCCAUCUGACCAAACUGCUCAAGACCCACAUGCAAAAUGUCCAAAAUCCUGACAUGUUGUUGGAGCCCUCUAAUGAUAAAGCCUGGCAAGUUGAAGUGGACGGAAUGUUAAGAACCAUGCUGGAGUUUGAGCAGAAUGACUCCAGAAAAGACUCUGCUCAGAUUGCGCUGGUGGCCCACUGCCUGGCCAUGCUGUGGUUUCUGGGAGGAGACUCCCUAAAGGCGCUGGGAUUUGGCAACACGGCCCUGCAGACCAGCCAGCUGAUACCAAACCAUGACCUGUCAGAACCCAUCCAGAGCCUGCUGCAGCUGGUGCAAAGUCAGCAGACAGACCCACAUCCUAGUUCUGACUAGUCACCGUACCUUCCCUCCCUGUGUUUGGAGAUCUGCUCCAUCAGGACAUCAGGAUGUUUAGCCCCCCACUGAU